UUUUUGCCUGUUAAUAUGUUUACUUGGACUACAUUUCCCGUGAGCUUACCAGUCAUGUUUUCAUUUCCCGUGUUUUUCCUCUUUGCCAAAUGGGAGUGUAGUUGAAUUUUGGUGUUUGUGCAUGAUCAGUUUGUCUUCAUUAAACAUCCUGGUGGAUUGACUGUAAUUGAAACAGUCCCAGUGGAAGGCCAGCUAUGGAUAAGCGAUGCUAUGGAUGUACUUCAAAGUUCACUCUCUUCAAAAAAGAGUUGGGCUGCAAAAACUGUGGGCGCUCAUUUUGUUCAGGCUGUCUGACGUUUAGUGCAUUGGUGCCACGCUGCGGUAACACUCAGCAAAAAGUCUGCAAGCAGUGCCAUGGCAAUCUCACAAGUGGUGGAAAACAGAAUGAUGCUGCAAGAUGGUCACCACCUGAAAACUACAAAAAGCGGGUUGCUGCCCUCGAAGCCAAACAGUCCCAGUCUCAUCAGCCUCCAAGACAUGCUGGCAGAACGAGUAGUACAUCAGCCAAGGAUCUUAGUAAGGAGGACCAAGCCAUUGCACAAAGACUUCAGAAACUGAAGGAGGAAACAAAACCAAAGUCUAUACCAUCUGAGAAGGACAUAGAGACUCGUCUUGCUGCUCUGAAAGCUCCGAAUCAGCCGGUUCCUUCAGCUCGAGAGAUGGAAGACCGCUUGGCUGCUUUACAAGGAAGACCACCUCCUUCCCAAGCUCCUCCAUCAGUUCACCAGCCGCCUGAUAGCAGGACUCAAACCGAACAGGCCAAUGAUUUGAUCACGCAAAUGACAGAGGAAGUUGCCAUUGACAGACAUCAGUGUCCAGAUGCUGAUCAUUCAGAGCAUCCAGUCACACCCUUAAACGAUCUCAACAAGCAAUCAAGCGGGACAGCGGAUGAGAAUCUGGAUGAUGAGCAGCUGUCACUCAAACAGAUGGAGGAGGAAAAGAGCCGCUUGCUGGCCGAGGCCAUGGAGGAGCUGAAACGUGGGGAAAACUGCCAGAGCCAGCUUCUUGAUGUAGCUAAGAGACUGGCUGUGCUGCAGGGGCGAGACCCAGACAAAGUCACUAUGACAGACUUCCAGCAGCCUGACAGUGAUGAAGAGACUGAGGAGGAGGCAAUCGCCAGGAUCCUGAAAAGGAUGUCAGAGGAGACUGCCUUAGAUGAGGCCAGUGGUUAUAACAUCCCUCUAGAACACAGUGAUCCAGGAAAUGAAGAAAAGCUCAAUUCCAAUAAGAAGCAGGCAUCUAAAACAAAACCUGCUGCUGUCUCUGUGAACCGGGGUAAUGCACGUGAUGAGGAAGAUGAUGAUGAGGAAGAUGAGCUGCCCUGGUGCUGUAUCUGUAAUCAAGAUGCCACCAUUCGGUGCCACACAUGUGACCAGGACUUGUAUUGCAACCGCUGUUUUAGGGAAGGCCAUGAUGAAUAUGAUCGAAAGGAACACCGCACAUCCAGUUACACAGCCCCUAAGAAAGGCAAGAAGAAGAGCAGAGCUUCAAACCGCAGUUAAAGUGUGUGACUAACAACCUGAAAUGACCGCUUUCUCCUGCUCAGGGUCCCAAUGCGAUCGCCUUUCCAGGAAGCACUGAGGCAAGCACAAGGCCAUCCGUUGCACAUUAACACAGACAAUCCACCUAGCAGCAUCUUUCACAUGUAUCACAAGCUCGAGCUGUGAGGCAGGAACAGUCCACUCUGCACCACCAUACUGCCCUAGUAAUGUUUAAUUAUACACUUACAUGGAGGUUACAUGUUAAAGACUUUCAUACCAGGGAACUAAAAAGAAUUUUUUUUUAUAUAAAAUGAAAUUCAUUGAUAAAAGUCCUCUUUCACUGGGGACAGUUGUGGUGUCCCUCAGAAAAGAUGUUACAGUGAUGUAUUGUGGUAAAUAUGAAAUAAAAACUACAUUUAAAUACAAGAAGCAGUAUAUCCCUAGGCUGAGAAAAGGGCAGGAUUUCCAUUGAUGUAAAAUAUGUACGUUUAACAAAACUAAAUAUGUAAAUAAUGACAGAUUUAUGAUAAACAAAUUAAAUAAACUAUUUAUUAUAGUAAGAUGGACAUCGAAUGAAUUAUGGAAAAGCUGCAGAAGGCUAAAAUAGCUUUAGUAUGUAUGUUGUGGAUUUACUCCAGGUUCUUGUUUUAAUCAUGUCUCAUGUGCUGCCGG